UAUUACCAUAUUGGAUUUCCGUAACCAUAAAAGUUUCGUCGAGGGUUUUGAAAAUCCCCAACCCCAAUUCUUCUUCUUCUUCUUCUCUUUCUUUCACCAAUUCUCAAUUUCCCUAGGGAUUCGAGCCCUCUUCUGAUUCCGGCGACCGGAACCGGAGCUCGUGUGUUUUCUUCACGAUCUUUGAAAAUGGCGGAUCAGGAGGAGGACUUCCAAAUGGCGCUGCGGAUGAGUAUGCAAGACACGCCGCCGGAGCCCAAGCGGAGCAAGCCGCGGGACGCCGAUUCUCCGGAGGAGGAGUCGUCGGAAGUCAAGACCCGCCGUCUUCAGCGCGAGCUCAUGGCCGCUGCUGCCGAGAAGCGAAUGCUCGGCUCCAGGCCCGUCGCACCUCCCUCUCCGGCUCCGGCGCCGGCCAAUGUGGUGAUGAGAGAUGCGGAAUUGGGGGCGGAGCUGAGCGUGGAGGAGGCGAAGCAGUUGUUUUCGAUGGUGUUUGGGGGUGAGGUGACUAAGGGCAUUCUUGCACAGUGGAGUAAUCAGGGUAUAAGGUUUAGCCCUGAUCCAGAAACUUCGAUGGGGCUAGUGCAGCAUGAAGGGGGGCCCUGUGGUGUUUUAGCAGCCAUUCAAGCACUUGUUCUCAAAUACCUCCUUUUCUACCCAGAGGGACUAGGUAAAGGUGCACCAAACAUGCAUCACAAUUUGGCUUCAAGGACAAGUUCUAGUAGUCAUUGUGUUGCAUCGACUAAUUUUUCUUCACUUUCUGAAGAUGCCAAAGUGAGAGCUUUGCUUAGAAGUAUGGGUGAGAUAUUGUUCUCAUGUGGAGGUAAUAGAAGGGCGGUGAUUGCAACUUUGAGUGUUAUUGGAGAGGACGUUGCGAGGUUUGAAGGCAGCAAGGAUGUAUUAAUAGCAAAAUCACUUGAGGGCCUUUCUAUUGAAUCAGCUUCUGACUUGCAUGAAGUGCUGAGAGUUAAGACAUACACUACAGAAGAAAGUGCAUUUCAGGGGCUAGAAGCAGUGAUUCCUGUUUUUCGAAGUCGUAUGGGAGCAUUGCUGUUCCUUAUUUCUGCUUUGCUUUCGCGAGGAUUGGACUUAAUCCAGGCUGACAGGGAUGAUCCGACCCUUCCUCUUGUCACUGCUCCAUUUGGGCAUGCCUCACAGGAAAUUGUGAACUUACUUCUCUGUGGGCAGGCUGUCCCAAAUCUCUUUGAUGGAAAUAUGGAUCUGGGGGGUGGCAUGUCCUUAAAGGGGAUAUCAAAAGCAGUCGAAGUUGGAUUCCUCACGCUGUUGGAAUCAUUAAAUUUCUGCAAGGUUGGCCAUCAUCUGAAAUGCCCCAGAUGGCCAAUCUGGGUAGUGGGAAGUGAGUCUCACUAUACAGUUCUCUUUGCUCCUGAUACCAAUGUCCAGGAUGAGAAUGAACUGGAAGGAAGGGAAUCACAGAUUCGGAAAGCUUUUGAUGCACAAGAUCAGAGUGGGGGUGGCGGUUUCAUAAGUGUUGAAGGUUUUCAACAAGUGCUUCGGGAAACUAAUGUAAAAGUUCCAAGUGAGAAGGUUGAUCUCAUUUGCAGCACAGGAUUUAUUGUAUGGAGCGAGUUCUGGCAGGUCAUUUUGGAUCUGGACAAGAGCGUGGGAGGCCUUAAGGAUUCAACUGGAUUGAUGGGUAAGAAGGUAUUUGAUCUAUACCAUUUUAAUGGAAUUGCAAAAUCAGAUCUGAAUGGAAGCCAAGUAAAUCCUGGAGGCGAGACUUCGGUGCAAAGACCUAGGCUCACAAAAUUGAGAGUUUCAGUUCCUCCAAGAUGGACUCCUGAAGAAUAUAUGACGGAUGUAGCAGUGUCCUCGAGUGGCAAUGAAUCCAAAGAAAUUUCUAAGCCAGAGCCUGCCCAGCAUGCACCUUUGGUGGACUGCAUAAGAACGCGUUGGCCCCGUGCUGUUUGCAAUUGGGUGGGAGAUGCGCCUAGUAUUGUCUGAAUUCGCAGAUCCUUUGUUGUACUUUUAUUGUUAGAAGCACAGAGAGACGCACAGACCAAGUGCUGGAAGUUGAGUUGGUUUGGGUUAUAGUGCUGCUCUGAAGCUGUGGAGAGGAUGCGCUGCUCUCAGUUACAUAGAACAGUGCCAAAGGUGUUCCCUGCUGUGCGAGCUGCAACAGCUUCAUCAACCAAUUCGAUUUUGGAAUUGUCAUCAAAUUGAAGAGGGGAAUAUAUUCUUGUGAAAUUUAUUGUCUGUCCAAAUUGUAAAAUGGAUUUCAUCUUUGUUAUCAAGCAGAGUUCUUAGUUCUUGGGAUGAGUCUUCAGCAAACAAACAUCAAGCUGUCUCAUGGUCGGAUUGUUGUAAUGAAUUUACACUAAAAACUUUCUAUAUAGAAUAUCAGUGACAGAUUUUAAAAUGACA